CACGUGGUUGUCGAUGACAACGUGUUCACUUUUAAGCAAAAGUCUAUUGAAUUUACAUUUGAAAUGGAUUCAAGUCACCCAAGCCAACUUUUAUUGCAUCACAAUUAGCAUCAAAACAACAACGAAACAAUUGCAUCACGGCGAUCGACAGAGAAAGAUUCCAAGUUUUUUAUCCCCUUCACUUCAACUCUGCAAUAUUAAUCUUACAAAAAUAGCGGCCGAUUUAAAUUUUCACUCGGGUCUAAAUGACGCACUCACACAAUUGAGGGUUAAUAUUUUGAAUACUAAAUAUGAUCUAAAUUGUUCCAUUACGUAA